AUGAGCUGCAACCCAGGCUGGUUGGAGGAGAGCCAUCACUUCAAGCUGCCUCUGCCUGAAGGCGUCGACGAUAGCGUGCUCGUCACUUUGCUGCUGUGCAGGAUGAUACCGGCGACUGUAUCGAGCGAUGACAUCAUCGAGCGAUUCUUCGACGCCAUCAAACAUGGCCCGCACGCGGCGAGGAGCAUGAUAGUCCGCAGAGACCACAGCAAGUCAAAGAUGACGGAGCAGAAGAUCAUGAGCAUCCACAGUGUUGAGCUCAAGAACGCUAACGCCAGGUGUGUCAUGGAGGAAGGGCUGAAACACAUGAAGACGAGGAUCGUAGAAGGAAGCAAGUCUCUUCCCCCUGCUGGACUCCUCCUCAACGGCUCUCCUGUAGCAAUCUUGCAGAUAUUCAACACCUGCAGGGCAAAUGCAGUCCAUGACGUGAACAAGAACUUGAGCAAGAUGAUGGAGUGGUACAAGUCGACCAUCGAGUACACUGAGAGCAUGUGCAACCUCUCAGCUCCUCUGCUCCCCGACACCCACGAUGGUAGGAUGCAAGCUCCGCAACACUGGGAGUUCUUCAGGCUCUCGCGAGCGCUGCCGUUCGACAUCACCAGAGUCUUCGGGGACCCGAGGAAGAUCCAGGAGCUCCAGAGCAACAUCGAGGUCGCGUUUGAUACCCUCGACUCUCUCGGUACCCCCCGUCUGUGGGACAAGGCUCAGUUCCUGAGCUACCCCGACGAAGACGACUGCUUCCUGCUCGUGCAGUCGUUCGCCAUCUUCUCCCAGCUGUCGAGGCUCGUGACCUACGAGCAGCUCAAGUCUUCUGAUCAGGUCGACCACCAGGACGUCGCUCUUGUGCUCUGCGAUCAGAAGCGAGUCAGCGUUGGGUCCAGGACGCGCGUGCGGUGGAGGCAGCCGGAGAAGAACAUGGCAUGGCCGAUCAUGACGUUGCAGGUCAACGCAGCCGACCUGUCCUGGCAGGAGGAGAGCAAGGGAGGGAGCAACCGCAAGGACAGUGACAGGCCGGGGCAUCGCUCAGCUGAGCCGACCCCCUCCAGCAGGCCGUCGGGCAGAGUCCGCACCAACGACUCUAGAGCCUCGGUGCACAUCAAGACAGACUCGACGGCAGGGGACAACACCGAAGGAGGAGCAAGGUCCGACCGCACCCGAUGUACGGGGACCGCAGCGAUCGCCAAAGAGCUGGAGGCGCUGGAGCAGCGACUGCAACGGGUCAACCCGUGGGAGGAUGCGGAGUACAUGCGGCUGGAGGGGAACGUGAAGGCGCUGCGGGAGGAGAUCGAGAAGCUGAGCUCGCGGAUCCUUCGGAGCAGAAGGACCCUUACGUCGGAGGCUCUUAGGAGUGAUUGUGGUCUCCUCCUCAGCAGCCCCUGCCCGAGCGACAGCGACAGCGACGGGAGCGGCGCGCCUGAGGUAAGAAGAGCCGAGCUAGAGGUCGACAGGGAGCACGCGAGCUCAGCUGCCUCCGACGUCGCCUUUGACUCGGUCUGUCUGCCCCAUGAGCUGGAAGAAGAGCUGUCGGAGACCCUCGCCAUGACCCUCAGUCUGUCCCAGCGAGUCAAGUCGGACGUGUCAAACGCGAUGACGGGCAUGGCGGACGGCGGGACCUCCACGCUGGUCCUCAGCUUCGAUGACGAGGAGCAACAGGGGCUGAAGGAGAGCGUUUCCCUAUCUCCCCUCAUAGCAAAUAUCGAGCCAUCCUUCCCCCUGGCUCCGAGGGACAACAAGGCCACAGGCCCAACCUCGUCCCCAGCUGAGAGCACGAGGAGGAGGGACUUGGACCCGGAGUGGAGCUGCAGGACAAGUGGGGAGGUGGAACAGGAGGGGGGGCGGGUGGUAGCCGCGAGCAUCAACGCGCUCAUCGGGUUCCUGACGUCCCCGGACAACAUCGCCGAGGAUGAUGAGCUGAUGGUCACGCUCGUUCUCAUGCACAGGGUCACCAGCUCCCACCAGGCGUUCCUCGGCAAGCUCGUGUCCCGCUUCCGAGCCGCCGUCGGGCCCCUCCGGUUCGGGGUGGAUCACCGGUACGAGAGUGAGGCCGAGCUGGAGAGCGAGCUGGUCGUCAUGCGGCACAAAGUCUGCAGCAUCGUCCUCGUGUGGCUCCGCGACUUCUUCCGCGACUUCUCCGACGCGGCUCUUGCCGCCUCCCUCACCUCGUUCCUCGGCAUGACCAGCUCGUCCACGGACCAGCAGUCCCCUCCCAACGGCCUCCCGCGGCUCCAGCUGGGCCUCGAGCAGGAGCCGCAGCUGGACUGGAGCAGCCUGAUGCUUGUCAAGGACGUGAUGAGGAGAGUGCUGGAAGACAGACUGUCUCUGCUGCAGAUCCACGAGGCCUACAUCGCUGAGGGCCGAUCGGGAGACGCCAGCAGGAUUGAGCACAACUACAGGUCCUGGCACCUCCUGCAGCUGGACUCUGCCGACGUGGCCCGGCAGCUCACGCUCAUGGAGUCUCGCCACUUCUUCACCAUCAGCUACGAGGAGCUGCUGGACAGCAGCAAGGCCCUAGCUGGGCGGCGUCUCCCGUUCUCCAACGAGGACGAGGAGGUCUUCUCGCUCAACGACAAGAGGUCGCUGACUCGCUCCCUCCCCAAGGCCUCUCCCAUCCGCGACUUCAUCGAGUCCAACAGGGUCCUGAGCUGCUGGGUAGCCUCGACCAUCAUCUCAGAGCAGGAGCACGCGCGGCGGGUACAGCUGCUGGAGUUCUUCGUCAUGGUGGCGGACGAGUGUCUUCAAAUGAGCAACUUCAGCACGAUGAUGGCGAUAUGGCGCGGGCUCCACUGCAAGCCUGUGAGGAUGCUCAAAAAGGCCAACAGCGAGGCCAUGCAGAGCGCCAAGACGCUGACGCUCUUUGCGCACCUCGGGCAGGCCUGCUCGCUGCGAGCAAACGACCUGAGCUCCAUCCACAAGCUGCAGGAGUCUCGACCUGAGAAUCCCUGUGUCCCCUUCCUGGAGGGGUACAUGCUCAUGCUCGCAGAGGCGCACAGGAGUCUGGGGGAGGAGGUGACGGCAGCGGGGCUUAUCAACGUGAGCAAGGCAAGGGAGCUGGCGCGAGUGGUGAAAAGUAUCAUCCGACAUCAGCACUGGCGUUAUGACUUCCAGGUGAUCGAGCCGGUGGAGGCUUACCUGUCUGACCUCCUCAUCUUGGACUAUCACACCUUGUAUGCAAGGUCAGCAGAGUGCGAGAAGUGA